AGAUCAGCGGUCACAUCAGCUGGUUUACUAUAGAUUCUUAGUUGUUGCUUCACACACGAAUAACGUUACACAGACUGUAGCUCACCGGGACACACAUCACAAUUUGAUCAGACAAAUACAAGAAGAACAGUGUUUUAAGGUUGCCAUGGCACCGACAAAGCCAGAGCCUGGAGACCUCAUUGAAAUCUUCCGAGGGGGAUACCAACACUGGGCUAUUUAUGUUGGUGACGGUUAUGUAAUACACCUGGCACCACCUUCUGAAUAUGCUCAAGCUGGAGCCUACAGUAUGAUGUCAGUAUUAUGUGACAAAGCCAUAGUGAAGAAAGAAGAACUUUACGAGGUAGUUGGCAAUGACGAAUAUUGUAUCAACAAUCUUCUGGAUGAGGAAUACGAGCCACAUCCUAUCCAAGAGAUUCUACAGGAUGCACACAGGCUUUUGAGGAAGGAACUUUCAUAUUGUGUCAUUAGGGGCAACUGUGAGCACUUUGUUACAGAGCUGAGAUACGGAAAAGCACAAUCCCGCCAGGUGCGGAAAGCGGUGGAGAUUGGUGUUGGAGUUGGUAUUGGUGCAGCGCUUAUCUUUGGAGCUCUUGCUGCUGCUGCAGCCAUUUUUGAUUCAAAAGACAAUCAGAAACGGAAACAGUAAAGACUGGGAAAUUAAGUGAAAGCACAGUUGUGGUGGCCUUUGAUAUUUAAAGUCUCUAGAAUAUUUAUUGCAUUUAACGGAAAUAAUUAAAACAUUUAAUGUAUGGAUUAGGCAGGCUUAGUUUUAUAAGCACAAAUGGCAAUAUUCAUAUACAAAUAGAAAUAUUCAACAUAAACGGUCAGUAACCAAACAUAAUCUCAUCUGUUCUGCUGUUUGAUAACAGUUAUGCAUUUUACUACUUAUAAAUCUCUGCCUGAGGGAUCUUUUAAUUAAUUUUGAUAUUGCACAUUUCUCUUUCUACUGGUUUUCUAAUAACAUUUCAAGCACUUUAAUAACCAUAUAACCAAAAUAGCAAGAUAAGAUAGCAUGUUUCUAUUUUUGUGCCAGUAAAGAUUUGACAUCA